CCUCUUAUCUUCUGAUAAGACAUAUGGUGUGGAGUCACUCUGCACAUGCGCAGUUAAGUGUGCAUUGCAACAAGGUUUUUGUUUGUGCAUGUGAUCAGCACAGGGCCAAUCAGCACUGUCCAGACAGAGGUCAGGGCUCCGUCAUCCUCCUAGAAUAGAAUGAAAACUCCUCCUACAAGCUUUAACCAGUGCUCUAUAGAAGUCACAAGACUGCUAUAUACUGCUGAUGAGAAAAUGUAUUUAGCCAUUUAUAUUUACUAAAAUAAUUGCAUUUCCAUGUUCUAUGUACUGUGGGGGACCAGAUAUAGUGAACGCAGGGUCCUGG